ACGUGACAAUAGAAUGUGAGCACGCAUCCAUUUGUACUCCUACUGCUGGCGGAGUGUACAAUGACCUAGUUGACUUGGAGACCCCAACAUUUAACAUGGGAUUUAGUCAACUUGAGGAUGGCAACAACACCCCAGUAUGUAACAAAAACACCCGAGUCGGUGCAAACUUAUCGGCACAGUUUGACAUGGUCGCUGAUAAAACCGUAGUGCCAGAUACACCAGAUCGGCAACAACAACCUGCACAAGCAGAUUUUCCAGAAACUACUCCUACUUCAAUAUCGCCUCAUUCUUUACUACAAGAGACGAGUGCAUUAAGGAUUUCUAUUCAUGAGGAAUGCGGACUCCCAAAAGUACAAGCAAAAACAAGGAGGAGAAUCAUUGGGGUACCUUCUGAUCUGCUUGUAGACAUACCAAAAAGAAACAUAAAACCAAGCAGAAUGGUCAAUUCCCCAUUUCUGUGCAAACAAUACCAAAGUGUCAGACUUGAUGUCAAGGCAAUAGAAGAUUUAUUCACAUAUACAAACUCAAUUUCUUCUGCGGAACAACUGAGAAAAAUUUGGAUACACAUAUCUGAACCUGUCCCAAGGUUACUAAAAUUGCAACAGAUACAAGAAGCACUAAGUUUUGACAAUGAAUUGCAAGAUGAUGCAUUCAAUGCUGUUGUCCAAGCGCUAUUCGAAGAUGAGGUGCAGAGGUUCGGGGGAACAGACUUCUUAGGCUGGAGGCAUUUUUUAAACCAAGACUUUGCGGUACGUCACAGUCUAAAUUUCACAUUAUGA